AUGACAGCACGAUUAUCAACUCUUUUGGCCGCUACCACCAUAUUUUGUACCACCUGUGCAUGGUCGGAUUCAGCUGUCUACCAGACCGUUAUACCUACGGCGGUGCCAACAUUGUCGCGCGAUCCAUGGCAAUGUGCAACGGAAAACAUCACUCAAUAUUUCGACGUUCCAAUGCCAACAGGCAACCUCCUAUCCGCACUCGUAUCUUAUGGUAGCACUCUCAUUCAGACCUGCUCGUCCUCAGUUAUCGAUGACCUCAAUUGUUUCCCAAGCAAAGAAAAGUGGUGUGCUUUCACCACAGCAGCACCAGCGUCUGUUCUUCCAGAAUACCGCGCUUAUGGCAGUGCUGCAUCCGCCUGGUGGGCAGCUCAUAGCUCGAAGGCUGUUGAUCUGGCUGUGGAGUGUCCAAACAGCUGGUUUGACGCCUCUAUGAGAUUUGCUGGGGGACCGACGAUGCUGAAUGAAACUAUCAUUUUCGCCGCUUGCUAUGCAGAAGUGGUCACGACGAUGUCGUCCUCGGUAUCCAAAACAACAUUUUCAGCAUCUGCAACACCACCUGUGGGUGUUACUAGAAGUGGAGUGACAGCUACUUCUACUCCUACUGCAACGGUUCAACCCACGAAAAGCGGUGUUAACGGGCGAAAUGAAGAGCUUGGAAUGUGGAUGUUCGCAAGCACUGGUUUGGCUGCGGCUGCUAUGCACUCAGCAUGGAACUGA